AUGGCUCAAGCGUCUGAAUCUUCUCAACCUGUCGAACUUCGUGAUCGCCACUUCUCUCUGGAGGAUGGUCUAGUUCCUACUUCCACCGCGAGGAAUUGUGAAGGUAGCCCAGAGGAGGUAUCUCGUGAAUUUUCUGGGCACUUUGUUUCUCCCAAGUUCAUAUCCAGGUUGCUCAUUGAGAGGGGAGAGUACCCUGCAGUGCCUAUAUGUUUCCGUUAUCCUGCGAGGACCACUGCAGAUGACAUUUGCCUUCUCCAUGUGGUACGAAGAUGGAGCCUUGAGACUCACACGUUCAUCUGUUCUUGGGGGGAAUUUACUCCUUCUCUGGAAGAUGUCUGCAAUAUUAUGAGAAUCCCGAUCAUUGGAGAUGGUAAUCCCUUCAGGAUAGAGCUGAAUAAGGCGCAGAAGAAGAAGUUGCAGAUUCUGGAAAAUGGUGCUCAUGACUUUAAAGAAGUGUUCCGUUUUUGUAACUGGGUGAGACACUUUUGGGGCUCAACGGAUGGAGGCAAGUUUAGGCAUGGUGAAGGCUUUGAAUCUGGCUACCGGGUGGAGGCCAUGUUUGCUUACUGGUUGAGCAGGUUCAUCUUUGCGGAUUUUCCCUAUGAGAACGUGCAGCAUCGAGUCUUCCUAUUGGCCAUUAUGCUAGCAGCCGGUACUUGUUUCCCUCUUGCUCUUCUCUUCCUUGGUCAUCUAUAUAGGAAGCUUGAUCAGAUUUCAAAGGAUGACAAAGAAGGUGCGGGGCAGUAUGGCAUUGACUCUUUAGUAUCUAGCUUCUUCCUUCAAGUGUUUGUAUGGGAGAGAUUCGAAGGUUCGGCUGUGGAACCUGUAACUCCUGAGUCCCUUCAUCAACUUGAGGGAAGUAAAAGAGACUUCAAUCUAGUAGGAUUCCCGUUGUGUUAUAGAUGGUUCAGAAGGAAGGCCAAGAAGGGUGCAUUUAGGCCUGCUGUUUUGGAUGACAUUAGGCAGUUCAAUUUCAGACCAUAUUUUACUGCUCAUGGCUUCCAGGCAUUUCCUUUCUUUUAUCCAGAAGGUAAUUCAUCACCGUUCUUGGAAUCGGUUGAGUUGCUUCUUGCCACUAGCGCGCAGUCCAUAAUAGCAUGUGGCGAUUUCUUUGACCCUGUGAUGGAGAAGUAUUCCCCUCAUAGAGUUAAGAGGCAGUUUGGCAUCGACCAGGAUGUGCCAUCGCAUCUAUCUUACGGUGGACAUCUUGGGGACUGCAUCAUGGGUUUCACUCGGAUAGAUGGUAUUUCUUGUAGAGGUAUGCUCUCAGAUAGUCUCGGGAAGAAGGACUGUGUUGGCUCCCCUACAUCAACGUUCUUGAGGUUUUGGGAGUUGCAGCGGUGCGAGUUCAGGAGGUUUAUUCAGACUAGUGGGACUAGGUUGUGUCCGAAAGCCAAUAGUGAGAACAAGAGACUACUUCGCAGUAGCACUGUCAUGGGUGUCAUGUCUAGACUUAACCUUCCAUAUACUGAGGUAUACUCGAAUGGCAUAGAACAUAUGGUUGGUCAUCUUAAAGGUGGGGAUGCUUUAGAGGUGGACUUGACAAGAACAGAGGAGGGUGACAAGUGUGCAACAAAAGGCAAAGUCAGGCCUUCCGAGAAUAGAGAAGAAAGUAAAAAAAAAGUUUACCGCUUCAAACCUAAGGUGGCAAAGGAUCACAUCCCUCCUCCAGUAGUCAAAAGUGCCUUUGGUGUUAGAGUGAUACUGCCGUUGAGUUUAGCUGAUGGAAAAGGGAAGAAAAGGAAAGCCGCUUCUUGCUCAAGACCUAGUGGAGCUACUAAGCAAAAGGUUACAGUUGAUGCCUCACCUGCUGUCCGCAGGCGGAGCUCUCGCGUUGCUAACAUGAGUUUUUCUAAACCUAAACCGUCGUCUAAGGGUGCUGCUCAUGUUGAUCUUAGUGACGCGCCAAGUGACGACAUCGAAGGUAGCCCCCUUAGUGAUAAUGUGCCUGGUGCUAGUGCUCUAAUGAAGGAAUCUGCUGUAAAUGUCUGUCCUUGUGCAGAUAACCGUAACAAGCAGGACAUCGGUAUAAAUGAUUUAGUGAAAGAACUGCUGUCGACGAUAGUCUUUGUGAGGAUGACCAUAAUGAGCGGAUACGGUGGAUCAUUUUUGUUGAUAGUUGAGGGACAUCAUUUUAGCCCCAUCUCCCUGAGACAGCACUGGGGGACGAAGGCGUUACUGCUGCAAUCUUGGGAUGAUGCCGACCUCAUUGAGCGUAUUGUAAAUGAUGUAUUUGAUAGAGUGAAUUGGAUCUCGCCACGUAGGGAGGGUGGCUUGGUUGCAAUGGAUUCUCAUCUGCAUCAAGUGGGACGACUAUUAUCCGCUGCGCCUGAUGAUGUUGCCUAUGUUGGAAUCUGGGGAAUGGGCGGCUUGGUUUUUGGAAAAUGUGAGGGAAGGCUUCAGCAGUUACGGUCAAGUACAAAUGCAACUUCAAUUUCUAUCUGGAAUAUUGAAGGGAAUAGUCAACAGUUUCGAUGGGGGUUACAUGACUAUGUUGGAAAGGCUAUAGGUCGGAUAAAAAUUCUAGUUGUUCUUGACGAUGUAUCCCGUUCCUUGGAAAUUGAUGCCUUACUCGGAAGCCCAAAGGAACGUUCACUUGGUUGUGGUAGUAAAGUCAUUGUAACAACUAGAGAUGAACAAGUACUAGGUGGAUUUAGGAAAUACAAGCCCAAGCCAUUAAGUGAUCCUGACGCUCUUGAACUCUUCAACCAGAAUGCCUUCAGAAAAAUGCCACCCUCAGAAGAGUAUGUUCAUCUCUUAAGACGUGCAAUCAAAUAUGCUCACGGUCUGCCUUUAGCACUUAAAACCUGGGGAGCUCAUCUUCGUGACAGAAGUCCAUCUGUGUGGAAAGAUGAGUUGGAGAAAAUAAAGAAAAUCCCAGACCUAGAUAUUCACCAUGUGCUUAGAAGAAGCUUUGAUGGACUAGAUGAGUACCAAAAGAACAUAUUUCUAGAUAUCGCAUGUUUUUUCAAAGGAAUGCACAUAGAGUAUGUAGAAAUUAUUCUGAACAGUUGUGGCUUCUUUGCCAGCAGUGGUUUAAGCGUUCUAAUUGACAGAGCUCUUGUAAGUAUCUCAAGGUUUGGUGAGCUCGAGAUACAUGAUUUCCUACAGGAAAUUGGUAGGGAUAUCGUCUGCAAAGAACCUUGGAAGCAUAGUAGAUUAUGGAGUUAUGAAGAUGUUCAGGAUACCUUAACACAAAAUAAGGCUAUGGAAGUUGAAGGCGUAAUGAUUGAAUUGUCUGACUCAAAAGAUAUACAUGUAGAUGCUGAAGCUUUUUUUAGUAUGAUGAACCUGAGAUUGCUCAGAAUCACUUACCCCCCAUAUGUGAACCCUUUAAUUGAGAUCUUCAGAAAAAAUUUUGAAGGGGAAUUAUGGCCGGAGCGGAUAUACGGUUACCUACCAAAUUUCGACGGUAAAUUACACUUGAAUGGGGACCUAAAGUUUCUUUCUCAUAAGUUGAGGGUUCUCGCUUGGCAUGGUUGCCCCCUAAAGUCUUUGCCGUCCAACUUUUACCCAAAGUGUCUUGUUGACCUUGACAUGCGUCAUAGCCACAUCGAACAGCUUUGGCAAGAACCCAAGGCUGCAAAAGAAUUGAUAAGCAUCCAUUUAAGUUCCUGUCAAAAUCUUAAGGAAAUCCCCCUCUGCACUGAGGCGCCGAAGCUUCAAAAACUAAUUCUUAAUUUUUGUACAAGUUUAGUGGAGGUUUCCCCAUCCAUUUUAGCUGCUACAGGCCUUGUUUUCUUGAGUUUAGUAGGGUGCACUGAACUUAAGAGUCUUCCAAGCAGCAUUCAUAUGAUGAAAUUUCUCAAGACCCUUGUUCUUUCCGACUGCUCAAAUCUUGAGAUGUUUCCCGAGAUUUCAGAAGAUAUGGAGGCACUAUCGGAGCUUAAGUUAGAUCGCACUGCGAUUAAGGAACUACCAUCCUCAAUUGAACGGCUUCAGGGACUUAAAUCCCUUGAUCUUUACGGCUGCUCAAAUCUUGAGAUGUUUCCCGAGAUUUCAGAAGAUAUGGGGGCACUAUCGGAGCUUAUGUUAGAUGGCAGUGCAAUUAAGGAAAUACCAUCCUCAAUUGAACGGCUUCGGGGACUUAAAUCAUUAAGUAUGAAAAACUGCACAAGCCUUGUCUGUCUUCCGGACAGUAUCUCUAAUUUGGCAGACCUUACAUAUCUCUACCUCAAAGGGUGCUCAAAACUUUGCAACUUGCCUGAGAAUUUGGGGAAUUUAAAAUCUCUUUGUGAACUUAAAGUAGAGGAUACUGGUAUAAAACGACUCCCGGCCUGUAUCUUACAUUUGAAGCUUGGAAGAUUAAAGUUUCAUUAUUGCAAACAAAUGGAAGCCCCCCUUUCAUCAUGGCCAUCAUCGAUUGAAGAUCGUUGUACUGUUGUGGUGCAUCUUGAUUUUAGUUAUUGCAAUCUGAAGGUGUUAUCGGAUGCCAUUGCUUAUUUUCGUUCAUUAAAAGUACUGAAUUUGUCAAGAAAUAACAAUCUGAAGAGCUUGCCUGCAGCCAUGAAUCAACUGGGUUACUUAGAACGGCUUCAAUUGGAAGAUUGCAAGAGACUGAGAUCAAUACCAGAGCUUUCAUCAAGAAUAAGUUACAUAAAUGCACAUAAUUGCACAGCUUUGGAAGCUGUUUCAACACCACUGUCUUCCUACGAUAUCGGUCGAUGCUUCAUAUUUUCUAAUUGCAGUCAGCUGAUACAGAAAGAUUUUUUCAGAGAUAUUGUAGAAACUCAUUUCCCUCCUCAGGGUAAUUGUUCCCGACCCUUCUAUUUCUCUAUUCCUGGAACUGAAAUUCCAGAGCAGUUCAUCCAUCAGUGUAGGGGGUCUUCCGUAACUGCCCAGCUACCACAAAAUUGGUUUCACAACAAGUUUUUGGGGUUCGCUAUUUGCGCGGUUACUAAUCAGCCCCAGGGUGUUGAUUAUUGGAAACUGUCUGCUCGAUGUUUCUGUACCUUCAAAGGAGAUCAUUGCGAGUACCGUUUCAGUUUCUCUUUGUUCAAUAUUUAUUUUGACGGUUUCUACCGCGACUGGCUUGUGUCAAAUCACAUGUUAGUGGGAUAUGUGCCAUGGUCUGAAUUUGGCAUUAAUAGAGAGGAAGUGAAUGAACGCCAUUACACUGAGGCCAAAUUUGAGAUAGAAUUAUUGCACUGUGAACCAUUGGAGGAAGACAGGGUAAUGUUCGACCCCAGCAUCGAAAGGUGUGACCCUUGCAUCGAAAGGUGCGGAGUUCGAUUCGUUUUUGCCAACAACGAGGAUGAGGAAGUUGCCCAUCAAGAUUUUGGGGAACCAAUGGUACAAGGUGAUAAUUCUGAGAUCAGGAGCCUUGAGGGCUGCUCAUCUGAACGCAGUGGUAGUGACAUCACAAGUGACACCUCUGAUGAGGAGGAGCAAUACCUUAAAUUAUCGGAAGUUUUUGAAGGUGCAAACAGAGAACAGAGUUACAUCAGAAAUGAGGACAAUGAAUCAUCUCGGAAGAGGAAAACUCUGGAAAGUUGGACACAAGAAGUCAGAGUUACAUCGGGUCUGAUGCAAGGGGACCUGGAUGAUGGUUUUAACUGGUUCUGCAAUAACAGACAUUUAAUCCCUGACAAAGGAACUACGGAUUUAAGAUGCGGGUAUGUUUGUACACAUCGACCCGGCUGUUGGGCCAGAGCUAAUGUGCGAUCUUUCAUUGACGACCUAACAAUCCUUGAAAUUACUUACAUUGGGAGGCACACUUGUUGGAAAACUCUUCCAAUGCCAAUGUUGACACACCAAGUAAGAGUUACAACAGGUAUGGAGACUGAAGGUCCUUCUGAUGGCUUUAGGUGGGUGAAGUAUGCCCAAAGAGACAUACCAGGAGCUAAAUCCCCAAGGUACAUAUUUCGGACAUUUCAUUAUAUCAAAUCUGGCUACACUACAUAAAACUAUCAUGUAAGUACGUAGGUCGUAUUGUAACGGCUUCUAAGUAAAUGUAGUAAUGCACGAACAAUAUAAUUCAUUUUUGACUUUGUACUUUUUGAUGUUGCUUAAGGUCUCGUAUGAAACUAAUGUCACACAAAGUGUAUAUUUACAUGCUUGAUCUAUUUUAUUUUGUAACAUUAGAUUGUUUGUAUUUAGCAAAGUCUAUUAUGUAUGCGCUCCUCAAAAUGUCGGAGGCUGCAUGGCAAUAAAGGAAGUACAGCGCUCCAAUGAUAAAGAAAUCCUUAAAAUUACUUACAGAGGAAGGCACACAUGUACACUAGCCUCCACCAGCAAUGGAGGAAGGGUUGAUAGCAGUACCUCCGUGGCCAAUGGUGCAUCGAGUGUUCAUGACCAAGUUGUCCAAUCACCAAGCUCACCAGGAGCCAAUGGUCAUGGAGGAAAUGUAACCAGAGUAGCCGACAAUCCUGUGAAUGACAACAAUAUGAUCGUCUUACGAGAUGCAAGCUCACAGGAUAUGGAACCGACACCCUCAAAUGUUGCAAGUGUUUCAUCUCAACCAGUGAUCUCAUCACCAUCUCUGACUCAAGUUAACCUUCAACCUCAGUCUUGUUCGCAGCCCAUUGUUAUAAGAUCAUCUCCUAAUUCCAGAACAAUUGUAUGUCCCAACACAGGGAUGUUAAUGAAGACCAAGUCAGUAGCACAUAAGGCUAAACCCAUGCCUAAACCUGUGACAAAAACCAGCACAAGAGCAAGAGCCCAACAAGGACCAAAGGAGGGUUCCGACAAGAAAAUGUGGAAGCCCUGAACCAAACUUCAAUUUUGGAUUUGUUUUGUUCAUUUUUGUCAAUUAAAGCUGGUCUUAGCAACCAUGCAGCUAUUAUGAUAUAUUUAUUUGUAACCAUGACUCUGUUUGCAUGUAUUUAAUUUAUUUUGAAACAGCUUCAAAUACUAGACUGAAUCUGCCAACUUA